CAGACUGCACUACUGCACUUGUACCUACGUCGCCUUCUGAGAGAGCUGGGAGAUGGAGCUGCGGUCAGGGCGUCGCCUCCGCUCGCUACCUACGCCUCCACCUCGCCCUAGUCGACGGCCGCCGGGCUUCCCUGAUGGCGACGGGUCGGACAGGAUCAGCGCCCUUCCGGAUGAGAUGCUGCUGGAGAUCCUCGUGCGCCUCCGGUGCGCCCGCGCCGCCGCCCACACGAGCGGCCUCUCCCGCCGCUGGCGCGGCCUCUGGAAGCAGCUCCUCGAGCUCUCCUUCCGCGACAUGUCGGCCGACGCAGCCGACGCAGCCCUGUUCUUCCUCGAGGUAGACAUCCCUGAUGAGCACCUUGGCGCUGCCCUCGUCUCGGCGCUGCUCCUUGCCGCGGCGCGCCUUGAGCCGGCAGACCUCGUAUUCAGUCUCUGGGGGAACUGUAAAGAUGGCAACUUUCCAUUCGAGAUCCCCUGCUUCGAGCGCGCCACCUCGGUCAAGCUGGAUAUGGUGGGCCUUUAUCUACUCCCGCCGGCAGGGGCCGUCGAGUUCCCUCUGCUGGAGAAGCUGUCCGUCGUCUGCUGCAGCGUCGACACGGCGGAGCUGGUCCGUCGGUGCCCUCGCCUGCGCGUGUUCAGGAUCGAGGUUUAUCCCUCAGAAGAUGUCGCCGCCGCAAACCGUAUCAAAGUCCACUCACCCACUAUUGAAGACCUUGCGGUUGUGGUGAAGGCGGUUGGCGUCCAACUGGAUAGCCUGGACAUCAUGGCCCCCGUGCUUAAGCGCUUCAGUCUGCGGGUCAACGUGGCCGAGGAUUUCACUGUUUCGUUCUCAGCUCCGAUGGUGGAAAAUAUCAUGUGGGAUUGCUUGUGUGACCAGCAAAAUGUCGGGUUUGGUGAGAAAUGGCGUCUGCACAACCUGAAGCUAGUGAUGAAGGAGGACGUAGGCGUCCUACGGAUGCAUAUAUUUUCUGAGGGUGAGUUGCUACCUGACCGGACCUUUUCUCAAGAGAUAGCACAGCUUCCUGCCUUUUCUGUUCUGAAGUUACAUUUACAAUCGAAAAAUCAUGGUAUUGGAGCACUUGUAUCGCAUCUGCUUUGAGUCUGUUCCUCUAUACGAAGACUCAAGGUGGAUAUUGGACAAUACUAUGUGUGCUCAGAAUGUUCACCAAAUUGUCCUUGUGAUCAACCCCAAAACUGGAGAAAUGAAAUUAUCUCUUUGACAGCUCUUGAAGAAGUGAAACUUACAGGUUUGGAUGGAACUGAAAAUGAUGUUGAUCUCCUGAAGCUUCUCUUCAGAUGUGCGCCUUUGAUGAAGAGCAUGACCGUUGUAUUGGCCCCUGAUUCUUCUUUACCAACCGACCAAGAUUGUGAAGAAAUCUAUAGCAUGUUUGAGGCAAAUCCUCAUGUCAAAUGCUCUGUUGAUCGCAGCCCUCCAUAGUCCACGAUUUGUCUUGUCAAAAGUUGAGUUCAUGUAUUUCUCUAGCCUAAUUUUAUGCUGUUGCUUAAGUAACUAGAUCUGUUCGAUCAACAUGUGCCCUCUGUCUCGGCUAUCAAAUGAAAUGCAUGUAAGACUGUUUCUUUGGUUCAGACUAACGAAAGGGAUCAUGCGCAGAUCUUAAUGUUCAGCUCUUAGCUCAAUAUGUGGUAAAGUUCUAAUAGAA